AUGCCUUCUGAGAUGAAUGCUUUGACCAAUCUGCUCAUUUUUUUGGGUCAAUUUACAUAUGGCUUUUUGGAAGCUAUCUUUUAUAUGAUAGCUUCAAAGCCAAAGAAAAAUGUUGCUGGUGAAAUAGUCCUCAUAACAGGAGCUGGAAGUGGAAUUGGACGCUUAUUAGCCUUAAGAUUUGCCCGUCUGGGAGCAAUCCUUGUUCUCUGGGAUAUCAAUCCAGAGAGCAACCAGGAAACUUCUAAAUUGACCAAAGAAGCUGGUGCAUCAAGAGUGUAUACCUACACCUGUAACUGUGGUGAAAAGCAAGAUAUCUACAGAGUGGCAGAUCAGGUUAAAAAAGAGGUUGGUGAUGUCACCAUCCUCAUUAAUAAUGCUGGAGUUGUAACAGGAAAAAGGUUCCUCGAGGUUCCAGAUGAAUGUAUAGAAAAGGCAUUUGACGUGAAUACCAAAGCACAUUUCUGGACUUACAAAGCCUUCCUUCCUGCUAUGAUUGCUAAUAACCAUGGACACUUGGUUUGCAUUUCAAGUUCAGCUGGAUUAGUUGGAAUAUAUAAACUAUCAGAUUACUGUGCAAGUAAAUUUGCAGCCCUUGGAUUUGCCGAAUCCAUUUUGUCAGAACUACAUGCUGAAAGAAAGACUGGGAUUAAAACAACCAUUGUGUGUCCAUUUUUUAUAAAAACUGGAAUGUUUGAAGGUUGUACUACUGAAAAUCCUCUUCUGUUGCCGAUCCUAGAGCCAAACUAUGUAGCUGAUAAGAUAAUGAAUGCAGUUCUGACUGAACAAGCUUACCUGUUUUUACCAAAAUUCUUGUACUAUAUGUUGUUUUUAAAAAGCUUUUUGCCAAUCAAAUCGGGACUGGCUCUAUGUGACUACAUGAAAGUCUUUGAUGUGAUGAAAUACUUCAAAGGACAGAUAAAAAAGGACUAA